CAGCGCGCCCGCCCGGCGGAGCGCGGCGCGGCUCAACGCGCCGGGCGUGGGAUGCGCGGGCGGGUAGGCGGCGGCGGCGGCAGCAGAAACAGCAGCAGCUGCAGUAGCUCCAGGAGCCGGAGGGACGAGGCCGGGCGGCCGGCGGUAGCCGCGCUCGCCUGACCUUUGUGCCCCCCUGGCCGCGCUGGGCUGCCCCGAAGGAUGUCCGCCCAGUCCAAGGGGACCGCAUCCUCCUCCUCGUCGCCGUCCGAGGGGCCGCCGGCAGCCUCCAAAACCAAGGUGAAGGAGCAGAUCAAGAUUAUCGUGGAGGAUUUGGAAUUAGUCCUGGGGGACCUGAAAGACGUGGCCAAGGAACUUAAAGAGGUGGUUGACCAGAUUGACACUCUGACGUCUGACCUGCAGCUGGAGGAUGAGAUGACAGACAGUUCCAAAACGGACACGCUCAACAGCAGCUCCAGCAGCACAACAGCUUCUAGCUUGGAGAAAGUCAAGCUGCGGGGCAGCACACCACACAUCAAGCCUCCUGCACACCCCUCUGCUAUCCUUACUGUGCUGAGGAAGCCAAAUCCGCCUCCUCCUCCACCACGACUGACACCCGUUAAGUGUGACAAGCCUCCCAGGCUGCCUCCUUCGGCCAACCCCGUCAAGACUAAUGGCACCCUGCUGCGAAACGGGGGCUUGCCAGUUGGGCCCAGCCUCAUCCCAAAUGGAGAUAUAUGCUGUACACCAGGCAGUAAUUUGGAGAAAGUUGCAAUGCAGCCUCUGAUGCACAGACCUGAGAAAGAGCGAUGUCCUCAGCCUGGAGCAAGGGAACGGGUACGAUUUAGUGAAAAAGUACAGUACCACGGCUAUUGCCCUGAUUGUGAUGUUCGGUAUAACAUUAAAAACAGGGAGGUGCACUUGCACAGUGACCCUGUGCGUGCUAUGGGAAAGCUGCCACACCACUGCCCUCCUCUGCCGCCUCCACCACCUCCACUGCCUGCAUUUCCUCUGGAAAAUGGAGGGUUGGGGUUAAGUCCCAGUAAUAGCUUCCCUCCUCCAAGACCUGCAACUGUGCAUCCACAAACUGCACCAAAACCCCAGAAAACCAUCCUGAGGAAAUCAACUACAACAACAGUGUGAUGUAUGCCACUGGAAACAACUCUCUCUUUUCCUAUAUUUAAAGAUAAAUAGGUAAUGAGCACUUUCUACUUGAGCAAUAAAACGACCCAAGUGAAGUGGCAUAAAAAUCACAUGCACCUUCAGACUUAAAGGAAUAUCUAUACCUGGAGGCACAUCAGAUAAUUUCUUGCAUAUCAGAUUCAUCAUAGUGACUUCUGCAGGCCAGAUCUGAGAAGUAACCAGGAACCUGACCCUCUGAGGAGAAUGGAAAAGCCCUUCAAGUCAGAGCACAACUGAUCAUGAAUGUAAUCUGCAUUGAAUCAGCUUUCUCAGAUCUAACAGCUACAAGCUGAGUCCUGGCAAAAGCCACAGCCUUAAAUUCCAUUUAGUAGGAAAGAAGAAUAUAGAGGACUAAAUGUCUUGCCCCAUUGCAGAAACUGCUGUCUCCGAGCCUGACACUUGAGUCCUGUGCUGACCAACCAGAGUAACAAACAAUGAGUUUUUCAUAGGUCCAGCCAGCAUCCACAAAUAUUUCAGUAUGUAGCCAAAAGGAGUGAUGAAGCACUUAAUUAAUAGCAGAAAAUUAAUUCAUUUACUAUAACAGAG